AUGGAGGUACCCGGAAAGACCAGAGAUAGAGUUCAAGGUCUAACGUCAUCUUUGGGAUCAUCUAAAUGUCAUGGAAUGUUAUGUCAACCAUGUAAAGCUGACGGUGAGAGUUUAGAAGCCGAUGGUUUCUGUCAGAACUGCCAGGAAUAUCUGUGUAAAACGUGUAUCAAAUAUCACCGCAAAGUAACUGUCAGUAAACAUCAUACUAUUCUGGAUAAGGCUAAUAUGCCAAAGAAAGUCGAACCACAAACUGUCAAACAACUAUGUACUUCGACCUGCAAUAAACACAAAUUAGAGAUAAUCAAGUACUUCUGCAGAGAUCAUGAUACAGUCGGGUGCGGUAAUUGCUUGUUUAUUGACCACAAGGCAUGUCAGGUUGAGUUUAUCCCGGAUAUAGCUGACGAAUUCGUUAACGGCGAGGAAUAUAAAGCUAUUCUGGUCAAACUCGAGAAACUCCAAACAAAGGUUGAUUCCAAGAUAAUGGCAACAGGGACAGACCAGAAAGUAUGUGCUGAAGAAUUCGUUUCCGCUGUUCAAGAAAUAAAAAGAUUCCGAAAAGAAAUUGAAGAUUAUCUAAACAAGAUGGAACAAUCAAUACUAAAGGAAUGUGAACGUCUAAGGAAAGGAAAUGAAAGUGCUAUAACUAAAAAUGAGUGUUUGCUGAUAACUAUCAAGUCUGAACUAGAUGACAUUGCUGAAUGUUUAACAUCACAGUCAAAGAAAACCACUGACCUGUUUGUUGAAGCAAAGCAAACAGAAACUCGCCUGAGUGAUUUAGAGCAAGACAUGAAACAAAAUGUAAAAACAGCAUUUACUGAGUAUAAGUUUGUACGUAACAGUGACUUGAACGCGAUGGUUACUGGAAACUGCCCUCUGGGAAAGCUUUUUUCAAAGUUAGUUUCUUACAAUCUUUCAAAGGAAUGCAGCAUUGCUGAAUUUAAACCAAUAUUUGAUAGUGAAAUUAUUGUUCAUUCAAAUGCCCUUAUUUCAAACAUGCUUCUUUUAUCACCAGACUCACUUUUAUGCGUAGAUAAUGCAAACACCUCCGUUAAAGUGGUAGACAUAAAACAAAAAAGUAUUUCAUCACAGAUUCUCUUGAAAAUUAGGCCGUGGGAUAUAACGUUCGUAGCCACCGACCAGAUUGCAGUUACAUUACCUGUUAUUGAGAAGAUUCAUUUCCUCUCAGUUACAGACAAGAAAUUGACAUCAAUCAGAGAAAUAAAAGUCAACGGAGAAUGUAGAGGGAUAGCUCACUACCAGAAUACAUUAGUGGUAUCUUUUGUCGGACCACCAAAACUUCAAAUUUUGACACUGGAGGGAGUGAUUGUACGCGAUAUUACAGCUGGUACUUUAGGUUGGCCUGGUUGUGUAGAGGUUAACGUAUGUGGGAGUAGUUUCUUUGUAUCUGAUCAUUACAACUCUUCGUUGAUGAAAUUUUCGUUUGAUGGCAAAUUACUUGCCACUUACCAGGACGAAAGUUUUCAGAGGCCGAGGUCAUUAACUGUUUGUGAGGAUGGUUCAGUUCUUGUUUGCAGCAGUGGAAAUGAAACCUUACAUCUAGUUUCGCAGGAUUGCAGAAAAAUUAAAAUCUUGCCGAUUAAAACAGACAGACUUAAGGCCUUGCAGUCUGUCUGUUUUAAUGAUGCCACUUCCACUUUGUAUCUAUGUAAUUAUUAUGGAAACUCCAUCCUGGUAUACAAGCAGGCAUGA